AUCAUGUGCAGCUCUUUCCUUAUUGCAUUCAGCGCAUGGUUUCACCUUCAGGUUCUUGUUUGUCUGGGUGCCCUCUCUAAAAUGUUGUUACCUUAAGCGGACGAGGUGCUCAGUGUUGUCUGCUUAUGAAACGCACACGUAUCCAUUGACAACUCAGUCUUUUUUGAGGCAUCAGAAGGAGGACCUUUCAACUGAAAAUGAAGAGAGAAAACUCACUUGGCAGAACUGUAUGAUUGAAAACGCUGUCCGGCUAUCUGCUAUUGGACAAGUUUUGGUCCUUCUGCCCUGUCUGACUGAUGUUGUGGCAGUAGUACAGAUGGACCGCAACAGAGAAGCAGAAAUGGAGUUACGAAGAUCCUCCAGUCCUGGCAAGAUGAACAAGAGUGAUGUUGAUGGAGACAAGGUCAUGUGCCACAGCUGCUGCAUCUGUGGCAAAAGCUUUCCUUUUCAAAGCUCCCUGUCCCAACAUAUGAGGAAGCACACAGGAGAGAAGCCCUAUAAAUGUCCUUACUGUGACCACAGAGCCUCCCAAAAGGGCAACUUGAAGAUACACAUUCGGAGUCACAGAACAGGCACUUUAAGUCAGGGGCACGAGGUAGAGAUGGGAGAGGCCCAGCUCGGAGAGAUGGGAGUCUCGGAAGGCCUUGAUGGGUGCACCAGCCCCACCAAAAGUACAUCUGCUUGCAACAAGAUUGUGAAUGGUGCAACCCAGACAGACAAUGGCAAGAUCUUGUUGAGAAGCAGUAAGAAGGAGGUGGCAGAUUCAACACCAGCAGAAGAUGGUAAACUACCUAUUUACCAGUGCACCUUCUGCAAAAACAAGUUUGAGAGAAAGAAAGAUCUUGAACAGCACAUACACCAAGUCCAUAAGCCAUUCAAAUGUAGGCUCUGUAACUACAUGACAUUAAGAGAAGAGACACUGUUAAACCACAUAGAGAAAGACCAUAUUAUAGCUCAGGUUCCAAAUGGGGAAGCUUACACUGAGAACUGCAAGAGUGAACUGAGUGCUGGUGAGUUCCCUUGUGAAGUCUGUGGUCAGGCUUUUAGUCAAACCUGGUUUCUCAAAGCUCACAUGAAAAAACAUAGGGGUUCAUUUGAUCAUGGAUGCCAUAUUUGUGGCAGAAGAUUUAAAGAACCCUGGUUUCUCAAAAACCAUAUGAAAGCUCAUGGCCCAAAGACAGGGAGCAAGAACAAACCAAAAAAUGAUUUGGAGCUUAUAGCCACUAUUAAUGAUGUGAUUCAGGAGGAAACUAUUGUGACUGGCUUGUCUCUGUACGAAGUUUGCACCAAGUGCGGGAAUCUGUUUACAAAUAUGGAAAGCCUAAAAGCACACAAUGCUGUUCACUACAAAGCUCAAAGAAGCAGCAUUGAGGACAAAGCUGAGAGUUUAAUUGAUGGGAACCUAGAUCCAUCUGUAACAAAGCAGUUUUUCUUACAGUGCCUGAAUCUGAGGCCGUCUGUAGGAACAGAUAGAGUUACAAGAGGGCAGCUUGGAAAAAGGGUAGCUGAGCUGGAUCCAGUCAAUAGCUACCAGGCUUGGCAUUUGGCCACCAAAGGAAAAGUAGCUGAGCCUUCUGAGUACAUAAAGUAUGUGGGGUGGGAUGAAGUCCUAGCUGAUGCUGAUGUAACUUAUGACAAAGAUAAAAGAGAAUACAUUCUUGUUAAUCAGGAAAAGCGCAAGCGAGAUCAGGAUUCACCUAGCUCAUCUAGCAACCCCAAGAAAAAAAGCUGUGCUAGUGGACGUUUGGAGAAAAACAGUGGUGUGCAAUCAGGUGAAAACUGUAUCAUUUCCCCGGGGGACCUGGACUACAAACCCUCCUCAAAGCAAAGCAGGAGAGCAUCCCAAAACAAGUCCACCGAGUGCUUUGAAUGUGGCAAGAUUUUCCGCACCUACCACCAAAUGGUGCUCCAUUCACGGGUGCACAGGAAAGAACGCAGGAGCUGCAGUGAGAGUGGGAUGGCUACUCAGCCAGACCGAUAUGGGUCCAGCAGUGAGGAGGGGGACUCUGGUUCUGUCACUGGGCCGAGCACUCCAGGUUCAGCUUCAGCCCCAGAAGAUUCAGUGACCUCUGGAAUGGGUGAGGAGGGUGCUGAGGACAGCUCUGAGGAGGGACUACCUGAACCAUCAUUGGGUGGAAAGUCGUACCACUGCAAUCUUUCUCAAGGACAGACACCGAUGAUGACAUCUCAGGUGGACGAGGUUCCUCAACUUGGAAGCUACAAUGCCAGAGAAAGUGAUGCCAAUGAAUCUAAAGCAGAGAUACCAGCUUUGAUAUCUGCACUGGAAAACAAGAUCAAAGAGCCCUUUCCAGAAUACGAAGAUCAGAGAUGUUCUCCAGGCUUAAAGAUGCCAGCAUUUCGACAAAGCCAAGAGCCUCCUUGCUCCAGCAGCAUUGCUGACCUUGCUUCCGGCAGGGGCCAAACACCUUCAGACAUGGUAACAGAUUUGAAAACCUCAGUGGAAAUGCAGGCUAGUCACUCUAAAGAAAACUUGCCAUGUAGAGAGCACCCCAUGGUAGAAAAAGGUGCAGAGGCCCAAGAAAUGGUUCUGCUAGAUUUGAGUGAGAAAUCAACAAGGGAUGAUUUAUGCAAUAAGGGUUUUACCUCAUCCUUGCAGGCUGCUUUGAUUGUCCAUCCGUGUCCUUUCUGCAAUCACAAGACCUAUUACCCUGAAGUCCUGUGGAUGCACAAAAGAAUUUUGCACAAAGUCAGCUGUAACUCAAUGGUUCCUCCAUGGGUUCAACAAAAUGGAUUCAAGAGUAUUAAGAACAACAUGGUUUUCCUGGCAAGAAAUGGACGCACUGGCCCUCCUCCUGUCCUUGGGGGUAAAGAAUGCCACCCUUUGCCCAUUGCCAGAUUUACACGCACUCAAGUGCCAAGUGCGUUGCCAGGAUCCAAAAGCAAUUCUUUCCCUGUUGGGAUGUCUACUAAGCCUGGGAAUAUGCACCAGUCUAAGGACAGCCAUUCAUUUGGCCACUGUGGUCCACGGUCAUCAGGUCUCGAUGGGUACAGGCUGGCCAAAUUGAACAAUACCCAAGAGCAGUACAGCAUAGCAGCACAACAGUCUCAGUUAAAGAGUAAAUAUGACGUAAACUCCAAACUUAUGCAAGCAGGAAGCUUUAACAGAAGCCUAACGCCUACCCAAACAGUCAUAUAUAGACCCAACACCCAGCCUGCAAACAGUAAACAAGUGGAAAAGUAUGUGGUUCCCCAAGGAAAUGCUGGUUUUACUUCUUCAGGUAAGCACUGUGCAUCUGACUCCUUGAAGGCCAAAUUCAACCCCCCAUCUCAGUAUCACCCUCUGUGUAAAACUGAGCAGUACAGUAAACAUGAAGAGCCAUCGGUGCCUCAGCAGGAAUCUCAUACAAAGGCUGGGAAUGAGAUGAGGACAUUGGCAAACUGCACAACAGGAGCAAGAGCAAGUCCACUAAUGCACUCUCAGCUUAGUGCAGCAGGAGCUUCUCCAGGUUUACACUCCAACAAACAAGAAUCAGCAUCAGAUGAUCAUGAAAAACGUUUGGACAUUUUAAAUAUCUUUAAGACGUACAUUCCAAAGGACCUUGCUUCAUUGUACCAAACCUGGGGUGCCAACAGCCCUGCGCUGGAUCAUGCAGGGGAGAGACCAUUCCAAUGCAGAUAUUGUCCAUACGGUGCCUCUCAGAAAGGGAACCUAAAGACACAUGUACAGUGUGUGCACCGGGUACCCUUUGACAACAACCAGUACCCCGAUCGGCGGUUCCGACAACCUCAGAACACUGAUGCGAACAACCCUAUGGAAGAACAGCUGGAGAACUUCUCUGCAAGCCAUCAAGUCUCUGGAGCCACCAUGCUAGAAUGAAAACAGUGCUCUGUGCUCUGCUAGAAGGGGGAUGCCUCUGCACUGUUAAUCAUUUUAAAAUAAAUGAAGAUGCUACACAAGAUAUAUAUAAAUUGACGUACUAAUCAGUCCCAUGGUUCCUUAUUUCCUUUAUAAUAAACAGUGGAGUUGGCAAGCACUGUGGCAGUGCAAGGCAUCUAUAUUAAUCAAGAUAAGUUUGAGACACUGGAAAAAUUAAACUUUGUGAUUUGGACAGCGUGAAGAAGUUAAGCACUGUAACAAAAACUUCCCUGAUGCUCACAAUGACUAUUUGAAACAUUUGAAAAACAGCAAUGGAUUUGGGGGCUGAAGAAGUAUUAAUUAAUGAAACUGCCACUGGCUGUCAUGCUGAAAAGAAAAUUAAAAAAAAAAGGAAAGGUGAUGGGGAGAAAGAGGUGGCAUUCGGUGCUAUGGAAAGAUAUGCUUGAUGAAGGACUAAAGAGACUAAAGAGAAGACCAUCAUUCUGCAAUGGUUUGUUUCAUUACAGUUUGGGGACCACUUGUAUUUCUAGUGCUCUUGUUCUUGACUGCGCACCAUUAAUAGUAUGUGAAUAUGGAAAUUGAAACACUUCCGCAGAAAUGCUUAUAUUCUGCUUUGGAAAAGAAAAGCUAGUUGAACACUAAAAAAAACCAGGCUUUUGUGUUUUACUCUCAGGACCUUUUUUGUAACAGGGCUAUUUUCUUCAACCUGAUCACAAAGGAAGUCUUCACAUUUUUAACAAUUGUUAAGCUGUUUAAAGCCUCUGAUCUGUAUGUUUAGCAGUCGCUGAACAAGUUGGGACAGACCUAGCCUGUUAGGGAAACUCAUGCUCCUGUAUUUUUGUUCAGCAAGCCAGUUACCCUUCCUUUCUGGGCCUGGUGACAUUUUGAAAAGAUGAAUAACUUCUUUUGUGGUGGCAGGUUAAUAUUCAUAUGUGUCAUGUCUUGUACUUGGUGAUCACUGGUGGUGUUAGGAAAAAAAAAAGCUUUAUAUACCUCUUCUACAGUAACUCUUUUAAAUGCAAGUUUUUGAGGUGGGGGUUGUGGCACAUAACAGGUUGUUAAACCAUGCAGUGUAAGCAAUUAAAAAUGUAUUCCACAGAUAUAAAUAUUUUCUUUUCUUAUUGCUGUGACACUAUGUGUGAUGGUAAUAUUUCUGAGAGUUUCAGAUUUUGCACAUAUAAUUUUAUGCAUUAUCAAAAGUUACUGCUGCCUUGAAAGAAAAUGUUCUGUGAAAUUUUUUGAAAAAGCUUUACUAGGGUUUUUUUUUAAUUGUAACAUUUUGUAAAGGCAGGAAACAGAUAAAAAAAAAAACUAGCAUGCUAAAUAUAUUUUUCAAAAAAGCAAUAAUUUUACAUGUACAGAAAUGAUGUUAACCUUUAAUACUGGUGAGAGCAACAGUUUACUUAAUACAAUAAUGGUAUAGUUCUGUUUUUUUGUAGCAAUGGGCUUCUGACAAAUUUGUGGGUAUUUUUUAGAAAAAAAACAAAGCGUGAUUUUUCUGUUCUAACAAUUUGGGGGGGUUGUCUUUUUUUUUUUAAACCUAGUCAGUAAUUGGUUCUGAAUAUUACUUGUUAAAUAACUUAACAGUUUUAUUAUGUUGCAACACUUGCAGCAAUGCAAAUGUAAUUUUCUUAUGUAAUUGUGGUUUUUUUUUACUAAUUUUUUUCCUCAUACUCUUACACCAGAUGUAUACCAGAAUUCUCUGUAGUCCUGGUGUAGUUAGGAAUGUCUGUGUAAAUACUUAUAAGUGACUGUAAUUGAUUGUUUUGUGAAGUUAUUUUGAGGGAAGUCACAUAGACACAUUCCACUGUACACCAAAAGAAAAAAAGAAAAAAAUCAAAUAUUUUGCUGUGUUGAUUAACGAUUGAUUAUGAUUUGGGUUUGCACUAGCAUUGACGUUUUUUUCUUUCUCCGAGUCAUAUUUUUGUUGGAUGAAAGUAACAGUGACAGUUCAGGAAUGCACAAAAGCUAGUUACUUAAUAGUUGCUUAGUUUAUUUGUUUGUGUUUUAGUUAUUAAAAACUCUUCUGUACCCAAAAUGGCACAAAAGCGUAGUGUACAUUUGUAACUCCUUAUUUUAUUUUAUUUAUUUAUUUUUUGCAGGCUGAUACAGGAAAUCCUAGUAAAUAUGUAGAACCAAAAGCUUUCUGGAAAGUUUCUUCCAGAAUAUCUUGCAGAGGAGAGGAUAGUGCUGUCACUGCCAUUACCAGGGUACUAAUCAGCAGUUUACAAUCAUAAUUUAGUGACAUGAAGAACAACAGUUGGAGAAAUCAGUUAAAAUAAUUAUAUGCUGUAUAUAGCACAGAAAUGAGAUUUUCACGUAAUUAAACAAGAAAUGGGAGUGGGUGGGGAAAACCAAUCUUAAAGCCUAGAUGUUUUUAGAUAUGAAUCUUCAGCUUUCUUUUUUUCUUCUUUCUCAUCAUGUAGUAUUGAUUUGUUAUUUCACUUAGACUAUAGUAUUUAAAAUGAUAUGUGUUCCUUAUUUAUUUAGUCAAUGAGCUUUGAUCAGCAUUUUAAACAGUAUGAUAAUAUUUUUAGCAUGACACAGACACUCCUGUAAGCCAUUUUAUGACUGUUACAGGGACUUUCUACUACCUCUACCAAUCUGUUUCCUCUCCUUAACAGGUUUUUACAGUAUUGCAGUCUAAUGUAACAUAGACAAUAAAGGGUUUGAUUAUCCACACUGCAGAUUCUCAGUG